UGCUCAGUGUGCGCUCUGUGGUGAACCAGGGAAUGUGUAGCUAGCUUGAGGAGUUAUCAGCUCUAAUAUCCUCGACCUUCGGGUGCCUGGUUUAGGCAAGGAGCCUUUUCUACCCAAUUCUUACUUGUAAUUGAAAAUGUCCGUGUUUUCGGAGCCUGCUUUGGAGAAGAAACUAUCAGAACUGAGUAACUCCCAGCAAAGCGUGCAGACCCUUUCACUGUGGCUCAUCCACCACAGAAAACACUCCAAAACCAUCGUCAAAGUCUGGUAUAGCGAGCUGAAGAAAGCCCAGGUGUCCCGUAAGCUGACUUUCCUGUAUCUUGCAAAUGAUGUCAUACAGAACAGCAAGAGGAAAGGACCAGAGUUCACACAAGAUUUUUCCCCAGUCAUUGUUGAUGCUUUCAAACAUGUCUCCAGUGAAGGAGACGAGAGCUGUAAGAAACAGUUAGGUAGAGUACUGUCCAUCUGGCAGGAAAGAGCCGUCUAUGAGAAUGAGAUACUGGACAAACUCUCUGAUGUCCUGCACGUAGAAAAGAAGGCCAAGAAAAGGCCUUAUGAAGAGAUCAAGGUGAACGAUGAUGACUUUGCCUCCCAAAGCUCCCCUGCUGAACCUCCACAGACUGCAGAUCUGAUCCGAGCACUACAGGAGCUUGAGAAUGCAGCCUCCAGCGACGCAGCUCUACGCCAGAGAAUCUCUGCUUUACCCCCAGAGGUGCAGGACACCUCCCUAUUACACAAAGUUACAGAUAAAGAGUCAGGGGAGCGUCUUUCUCGGUUGGUGGAAGAGGCCUGCAUGCUUCUAGCUGACUACAGUGGGCGGCUGGCAGCAGAGAUUGAUGAUCGGCGGCAGCUCACACGCACGCUUGCUGUCUUUUUGCAGAGUCAGAGAGACGGCCUGGCCCAGAAUGAGCAGAAACUAGAAGAAUACAAGCGCAAACUGGCCCGGGUGUCCCAGGUACGAAAGGAGUUGCGGUCUCGUCUCAGCGGUCUCCCAGACCUCUCUCGGCUCCCUAGUGUUACAGGUGGCCACGUUCGCCUCCCCUCCUCCGGCGAUCUUUACAGCCCCUCUGAUUGUAUGUCCUCAGUUGAGAUGAAGAAUGGUAUGCACUGUCACGAUAACAGCCAUGCCCGGGAGGACCGAGAGCGUGAAAAGAAGCUUGCCAAGAAACGCCUAUACAUCGUUUCAGUAGUGUGUCUGGUUUUCAUGGUGGGCGAGAUCUUAGGUGGGUAUUUUGCUGGGAGUCUAGCAGUGAUGACAGAUGCCGCCCACCUGCUUGUGGACCUCACCAGCUUCAUCAUCAGUUUGUGCUCGCUGUGGCUGUCAUCCAGACCUGCUACACGCACUCUUAAUUAUGGCUGGCAUCGAGCAGAAAUCUUGGGUGCUUUGCUAUCUGUUUUCACCAUUUGGUUGGUGACUGGUGUGCUGGUGUAUCUGGCAGUGGAACGGAUCAUUAAUGAUGACUACACUAUUGAUGGGACAGUCAUGCUUAUCACCUCUGGCUGUGCUGUACUGGCCAAUAUUAUAAUGGCCUUCACUCUGCAUCAGUCGGGUCACGGCCAUAGUCACGGUGGUCUGAGCAGCGGGCAUGGGCACGGGCACGGGCACGGGCACGAGCACGGGCAUGGGCAUGGGCACAGUCAUGACCAUGGGAAGAAAAACGGCCACAGCCAUUCUAACGAUGACCAUUGUGACGUAGAGGCGCGUGGGUCUGGUAAAAGACAACAAGCUAAUGCUAGUGUCAGGGCAGCAUUUGUCCAUGUGAUUGGAGACCUUCUACAGAGUGUCAGUGUGCUUGUCAGUGCCCUCAUUAUCUUUUUUAAGCCUGAAUAUAAAAUUGCAGAUCCCAUCUGCACCUUCCUGUUUUCUCUGUUUGUCCUGGGUACCACAUUCACCAUCAUGAGGGACAUUGUUGUUGUUCUAAUGGAAGGUACACCGGCUGGUGUGAACUAUAAUGAGGUGAGGGAACGACUGCUCAGAGUAAAGGGUGUUAAAGCUGUGCACAACCUUCACAUCUGGGCCCUGACAAUGAACCAGGCUGUGCUCUCCACUCAUGUGGCUAUAGAUGAUACCGUAGAGCCACAGGCGGUGUUGAGAGAAAUGACCCAGGCCUGUUUUACUACAUACAGUUUUCAUUCAGUAACCAUUCAACUGGAGCACCAGGCGGACCAAAGGGCUGACUGUAGCCUCUGCCAAGAGCCCACAAAGUGAAACACCCAGAGACUUUUAUAUUAAAGAAUGGCCUUGGUCCAAAGGGACAAAAGACCCAUGAAAGAGAUCAUUUUAAGAGGAUUAUUGUGGUGUUCAUGUUUAAUAGCUGCCAUAAAUUCACAAGUGUAAUUUUAAAUUCACAAAUAUUAUUUUAUUUUUUAAUAUAAAGUCCUUUUGGACUUCAGACACCUCUGUUUUUUUUUU